AUGGCCGCGCUUCGCCUCGUCUUCGUGCUGUGCGCCAUCUUGGGGCUGCUCUUUGCCUGGACGUACGAUGGCCCGUCGAAUCAGGUUCAUGGCGCGUCGGCGCGUUCCGCCCACGAGGCCAACCUCAUCCGGAGUCGUAUGAUUCAAGCAAUGCUUGACGUCGACCCGAACGGCCCGACCCAGUGGAUCCGCAAAUGGCAAGCCAUCAACAAC